AUGUGGCAGGCUCAGGCCAGGCUCCAGGUGGAUGUAGCAUGCUCAGGCCUGUUAGCCCAGGCUCCAGAUGGAUGUAGCAGGCUCAAGCUCCAGGUGGAUGUGGCAGGCUCAGGCCAGGCUCCAGCCGGCCGUCCCUCUGCCUCCGCGUCCCCGUACGGACCGCGGUUCUGUUCGCAUUCUCCUCCCGACAGCCGAGCGUGCGGAGCGGACAAUAGAGCAGCCCAGUGCCGCAGGAUGGGGAGGAAGUCCAACAAAGCAAAGGAAAAGAAAGCUCGGCGUCUGGAGGAGAGGGCUGCCAUGGACGCGGUGUGUGCCAAAGUGGACGCAGCCAAUAAGCUGGAUGACCCUCUGUCUGCAUUCCCUGCCUUCAAAAAGUAUGACAGAAAUGGGCUCAACCUACAGAUCGAGUGCCGGAGAGUGACCGGCCUCAACCCGCUGUCGGUGGAGUGGGCCUUCGAGCUGACUCGAGCCAACAUGCAGGCGCUGUACGAGCAGAGUGAGUGGGGGUGGAAAGAGCGCGAGAAGCGAGAGGAGAUGAACGACGAGCGUGCCUGGUACCUGCUUGCCCGGGACACAGCUGACUCUUCUCCCGUGGCCUUCUCACACUUCCGCUUUGAUGUGGAGUGUGGAGAGGAGGUGCUCUACUGUUAUGAGGUGCAGCUGGAGAGCAGAGUGCGCAGGAAAGGACUGGGGAAGUUUCUUAUCCAGAUACUACAGCUCAUAGCAAACAGCACACAGAUGAAGAAGGUGAUGCUAACAGUUUUCAAACAUAACCACGGAGCGUUCCAGUUCUUUAGAGAAGCCCUACAGUUUGAGAUCGAUGAGACGUCUCCGAGCAUGUCUGGCUGCUGCGGGGAUGACUGCUCCUACGAGAUCCUGAGUCGGAGGACCAAGCACGGGGAAGGGGACGCGGCCUUCACUCCUCCGGCCUCAGGGGGACCCGGCCUUCACACCUCCGGCCUCAGGGGGACCCGGCCUUCACUCCUCUGGCCUCAGGAGGACCCGGCCUUCACUCCUCUGGCCUCAGAGGGACCCGGCCUUCACUCCUCUGGCCUCAGGGGGACCCGGCCUUCACUCCUCUGGCCUUCGGAGGACCCGGCCUUCACUCCUCUGGCCUCAGGAGGACCCGGCCUUCACUCCUCUGGCCUCAGGAGGACCCGGCCUUCACUCCUCUGGCCUCAGGAGGACCCGGCCUUCACACCUCUGGCCUCAGGGGGACCCGGCCUUCACUCCUCUGGCCUCAGGAGAGUUCGCGAGCCUCAAGGAUGUGUCCCAUGCCCCGGUGAGGGACACAGGGACCAGGGGACACAGGGACGAGGAGGAGACUGUGAUGAACCCGAACCGCUGCUGUGCUCCGUGACUAUUCCAGCGUUGCCAUGGCGCACAGGAUGCGGCUGA